CUUUAUCAAGCAAUCCGAAGGUCCCAGAUCAGUUUGUGACUUUCAUUUCUCCCCAACGUCGUUGAAAUGAUGGCACAGCAGCUCGCGGGAAAGAAUAUUCUUGUCACUGGAGGAAGCAGCGGACUAGGCAGAGCAUAUGUUGAGGCUUUUCGCAAUGCUGGAUGUCAGGUGAUAUACGGAGAUCUGAUCGAAGCAAGCGACCUGCCCGGGUUUCUUCAUUGCGACGUCUCGUCUUGGGAAUCACAGUUGAAGUUCUUCGAAAGCGCGGUUGAAAAGCUUGGUCGCAUCGACGCGGUCAUUGCCAACGCUGGGAUCGCCAACAAGGAAAACUUCAACGACUAUGAAGACGUUGAACUACAACCACCGACGAGGCCCAGGACGAGCAUUGUAGAUGUUAAUUUGACCGGCGUGAUUUUCUCGGCCAAGUUGUCUAUGCAUUAUUUUGCGAGACAGUGGCGGGAACACGAUUCCAUACCAAAUUUCAAGCCUAUCUUCAUAAUCGGUGGUAGUCUUGCGGGAUAUUUGGACAUGCCAAUGAGCCCCAUCUAUUCGUCGACCAAGUUUGCGCUUCGUGGACUUCUAUGCUCUUUGCGCAAUGCCACUUCAAGGAUCGGAGCGAGGGUGGCAAUGAUAGCUCCAUGGCACGUUGAAACGCCACAGCUGGGUGUGCAAGCCGUGAGACUGAAGGAGCAGGGCAUACCCGUUGCGCAGAUGGCGGAUGUCGUUGGGGCAGUACAGAGAUUGAUCCUCGAACCAUCGAGCAACGGAAAAUGUUUUGCCGCGGUGCCUAGGACCGUGAAAGCACCCAAUGGCUACUUUGACGUCGACGAGGCUGGCCAGGACGAGUUCUGGCGUGACUACAAUGAAAUGCUCAUAUCAGAGGAUGAGAGACCGUUACCGCAACGAGGUUUUGCAAAGAAUUAGACGUGUAUAUCACUCUUGGCGUGGAUGCUUGGUAUUUAGACUAGAAGGAAGCAAAGGUGGAGCUGUGAAGUCACGACGUACUUUUUGAUGGAUUGAUAGAAGGUUCUGAUACUGAAUAAAAGCGCAAGCAAAAUGUUC